AUGCCUAAAGCACUGAUCCUUAUUGCAGAUGGAACGGAAGAGAUGGAAUUUACCAUCACAUACGAUACACUCGUUCGAGCAGGUGUGUCGUGCACUUCUGCACUUGUCCAGGAUGUGCCCUCUCCGUAUGGAACAAACGAUGCCAGCCCUACCCUAGCAGUGGGCUCUCGAGGAAUAAGCAUUUUACCGGACACGACGCUGGUCCCCCUCGAAGCAGGUCCGGACAAAUACGACGCCAUCAUUAUUCCGGGAGGCGCCAAAGGUGCGGAGACCAUCUCCAAGUCGUCUCCCGUCCAGCAUUUAGUUAGGGAGUAUUACAAGCACAAUAAAAUCGUGGCCAUGAUCUGCGCCGGAAGUCUAGCUGCCAAGCGAUCAGGGCUGCCUCGACAGCCAUUGACAUCUCAUCCCAGCGUCAAAGCAGAUCUCGAGAGAGAUUUUGACUACUCAGAAGAUUCCGUUGUCAUCUCUGGCAAAUUAGUCACCAGUCGUGGACCAGGUACCGCUUUCCCGUUUGCUUUCGCCUUGGUGGAAUUAUUAUGCGGCCCCGAAAAGCGGGCUGAAGUCCGUGGUCCGAUGGUCUUCCCAUCUGGUGCUCCUUUCUGAUCAAGACAGCUGAGCUGAGAUGAAGUUCAUUUUCCAUGCUGGCACCCGUAAAAGAAAUAUCAUUAGAGUGUAUUAAAAUAACAAUUAACAAACACCUGUAUCAUGUAUAAAGAUGAGACGUUAGCUUCCCUCUCCUUUCCUUGCUAAAUCGCUCAUAGCCUUUUGCACUUCCAACCUCUCCAUCACUGCUCGGUGCAAGCUCGACUUGCUUUUAUUCUUCCCUUUGGUGGAUGAGUCUGAUUGACCAACUUGCCCAGCCGUCCCUCCGGAUGUAGUGGUGGCGCUGGAC